AUGCGCUUUACAUUUCUCCUCCUUGCAGUGGGCGCCGCUGCUGCCGUGAUACCCCCCAUUGUUGGGACUCAUGUCAAGGACGUGGCCCUGGGCUCGCGCAACGCAUCUCCCCAACCCGUCGCUGGCGACUCUGCACCACCACCACCACCACCACCACCACCUCGAAGCGUCGAGUCACCCGAACCUGUGGUAGAGCUGGAACGUAUAGACUCGGACUCCAAGUGUUCCGUCAUGUGUACUCAGAUCCUGGCCGCUCUCGACACAUACUGCAACAGCACGGGGUCGACAUCGCGCAAGUGCGCAGCCAGCGUGUGUCCAACCGUUGACUGGGCCCUCGUCACGGCGUGUGUGACGUGCUACAAGUCGUGCAGCGACACGACGGCGAAAAACACCCAAAUCCUGGCCGCGCAGUCCGCCAUGCUGCCCGUGUGCGAGGCGUACAACGGAGGCACGAUGCGGGCCGCGGCAAGCACACUCAACGCCGGUGGCGCCGCAACGGGUUUCAGCGCGGCCGUGACGGGCACUGGCGACGAGGAUGACAAUGGUGGUGCGGCGUCCGCAGCGUCUGCAGCGUCCACAGCCUCUGCAGUGUCUGGAGGCGCAGAGUCGAGUAACGGUACCACGGCAGCGGCAGUGUUUGGCGGGGCCAAGUCGGGCAGUUGGACGAAGAGCGAGCCGGUGGGGCUCGUGGUGGUGAUGCUGGGCGUCUCGGUGUCGCUGCUGUCGGCGACGGUGUAA